AGACGUCCUUGAAGGCUACAAUGGCACAAUCUUUGCUUACGGGCAGACGUCAUCAGGAAAAACGCAUACUAUGGAGGGGAAGCUGCACGACCCUCAGCUCAUGGGAAUCAUUCCGAGAAUUGCACACGACAUCUUUGAUCACAUCUACUCCAUGGAUGAGAACCUGGAGUUUCAUAUAAAGGUUUCCUACUUUGAGAUAUAUUUGGACAAAAUAAGGGACCUACUUGAUGUGUCAAAGACAAACCUCGCUGUACAUGAAGAUAAAAACAGAGUCCCGUAUGUUAAGGGUUGUACAGAAAGAUUUGUAUCUAGUCCUGAAGAAGUUUUGGAUGUCAUCGAUGAAGGGAAAGCCAACCGUCACGUAGCCGUUACAAAUAUGAAUGAACACAGCUCCAGGAGCCACAGUAUUUUCCUUAUUAAUAUAAAACAAGAGAAUGUGGAAACGGAGAAGAAACUCAGUGGCAAGCUUUACCUGGUAGACUUGGCUGGCAGCGAGAAGGUCAGCAAAACCGGAGCGGAGGGCGCUGUUCUCGAUGAAGCUAAAAAUAUCAAUAAGUCUUUGUCUGCGCUAGGCAAUGUGAUAUCGGCCUUGGCAGAAGGGACUAAAACGCACGUUCCAUACCGAGACAGCAAAAUGACCCGAAUACUUCAGGAUUCCCUGGGCGGGAACUGCAGAACCACCAUCGUGAUCUGCUGCUCUCCUUCCGUGUUCAACGAAGCAGAAACAAAGUCAACCCUGAUGUUCGGGCAGCGAGCUAAGACGAUUAAGAACACGGUUUCUGUGAACCUGGAGCUGACCGCGGAGGAGUGGAAGAAAAAGUACGAGAAGGAGAAAGACAAAAACAAGAGCCUAAAGAAUGUUAUCCAGCAUCUGGAGCUGGAGCUGAACAGGUGGAGAAAUGGAGAAGCUGUGCCUGAAGACGAGCAGAUCAGCGCGAAGGACCAGAAGAACCUGGAGCCUUGUGAUAACACCCCCAUCAUUGACAACAUCACGCCAGUUGUUGCCAGCAUCUCGACAGAGGAGAAACAGAAAUACGAUGAGGAGAUCGCCAGUCUCUACAGGCAGCUGGAUGAUAAGGAUGAUGAAAUCAACCAGCAGAGCCAGUUGGCUGAAAAGCUCAAGCAGCAGAUGUUGGAUCAAGAGGAGCUUUUGGCCUCCACCAGGAGAGAUUAUGAGAAGAUUCAAGAGGAGCUGACCCGUCUUCAGAUCGAGAACGAAGCUGCGAAGGACGAAGUGAAAGAAGUCCUUCAAGCCCUGGAAGAAUUAGCGGUCAAUUACGACCAGAAAUCCCAAGAAGUGGAGGACAAAACAAGGGCCAACGAGCAGCUGGCUGACGAGCUGGCACAGAAAAGUAGCGCCCUGACAGCGACGCAGAGGGAGCUGGGCCAGUUGCAGGAGCUCAGUAACCAUCAGAAGAAGAGAGCCACAGAAAUCUUGAAUUUGCUGCUGAAGGACCUGGGAGAGAUUGGAGGCAUCAUUGGCACUAACGAUGUUAAAACAUUAGCAGACGUGAACGGGGUGAUUGAGGAGGAGUUCACCAUGGCGCGGCUCUACAUCAGCAAGAUGAAGUCUGAGGUGAAGUCCCUGGUGAACCGCAGCAAGCAGCUGGAGAGCGCCCAGAUUGACUCCAACAGGAAGAUGAACGCCAGCGAGAGGGAGCUCGCAGCUUGCCAGCUCCUCAUCUCGCAGCAUGAAGCGAAGAUCAAGUCCCUGACUGACUACAUGCAAAACAUGGAGCAGAAGAGAAGGCAGCUGGAAGAGUCACAGGACUCUCUCAAUGAAGAACUCGCCAAGUUACGUGCUCAAGAAAAAAUGCACGAGGUCAGCUUUAAGGAUAAGGAGAAGGAGCAUCUGACCCGGCUGCAGGACGCAGAGGAGAUGAAGAAGGCUCUGGAGCAGCAGAUGGAGAGUCACAGGGAAGCCCACCAGAAGCAGCUGUCCAGGCUGAGGGAUGAAAUUGAAGAGAAGCAGAAAAUAAUUGAUGAAAUCAGAGAUAUGAAUCAGAAGCUGCAACUGGAACAGGAGAAACUGAGCGCUGAUUAUGAUAAGUUAAAAAUUGAGGACCAGGAAAGAGAAAUGAAACUGGAAAAGCUCAUACUGCUUAAUGAUAAAAGAGAACAAGCAAGAGAAGAUCUUAAGGGGCUGGAGGAAACAGUGGCAAGAGAACUUCAGACUCUUCACAAUCUGCGCAAGCUUUUUGUCCAAGAUCUUACCACCCGUGUUAAAAAAAGCGUUGAGCUUGACAGCGACGAUGGUGGUGGCAGUGCUGCGCAGAAGCAGAAAAUUUCCUUUCUUGAGAACAACCUGGAACAGCUUACGAAGGUUCACAAACAGUUGGUACGUGAUAAUGCAGAUCUUCGUUGUGAGCUUCCUAAGCUGGAAAAACGACUUAGGGCUACGGCAGAGAGAGUUAAGGCCCUGGAGAGCGCACUGAAGGAGGCCAAGGAGAACGCCAUGCGAGACCGCAAACGCUACCAGCAGGAGGUAGAUCGCAUUAAGGAGGCCGUGAGAGCCAAAAACAUGGCACGGAGAGCGCACUCCGCUCAAAUUGCCAAGCCCAUCCGCCCUGGCCAUUACCCAGCGUCUUCUCCAACGGCUGUCCAUGCCAUCCGAGGGGGAGGGAUGUCCAAUUCCAGCUACUACCACAACACCAAAUAGAUGAGAAGUCGAUUCCACUUAGCAUGUUAAGGACUGUCAUUAAGUCACUAGUUUCUUUUUCCCCCCCCCUCUCUUCGACCCGAUCCACGUCCUCUUCAUCCUGCGCUUCCUACAGCCAUCUGCAACGCACUGGUCCCAGGUAUUUCGAGCUUCGUAGGAUCUCCACGUGUACAGAAGUGUUCAACUCUUCUACAGAUACUUGUACAAUGUAUUUAACAUAACCAUCUAAGUAAGGAUAGGAAGUCUGCCACUCAGAAUCGCUCACCGACUGCGUUCGACCCCUUGGCACUGGUUGGGUUGGGGCUUCUACGCUCAGAUUGAUGCUUUUUGGGAGUCCUCUGUUGCAUCGGUAAACCCUGACUUCUGGCAUCAAAGAAUAAAUUAUUCAGUGACCAAGUGCCAUCAAAGGCAGGUGAUUGUGCUCUGUCAUGACUGAUUUACUGUAUAAUAUACAUAUUAUUUUAUAUUUUUAGGGGAUGAAAAUGUGCUGCUACGUGGUUUAAUUUUACUGCUUACAUUUUCAGAAGUAAAAUUUCCCCAAAGAACCAUUUGUAAUAUCCUGAUAAAAACCUUUUGGACUGUAUAAAAUCACCUUUAUUGCAGUACCUGGUAAAGAUCAAACGGGAUGCAGAGAAAUCUGUUAGUAUAGACCUAGGUUUUGAAGUUUGGUAGUGACGUGACUAUAUCUGUGUGACCUAUCUUAAAAUUCAGAGCCCAUCUGCUUUGUAGUUCUCCCUCCGGUGGUGGCUUUUCCCGGAGCGCGAUGCCUAGCCGUGUGUUUGUGAGCGUUGUUCUCUAUGAAGCGUUGAAGGUUUCAGAACGCUGCCGAAAUUUUGGGAAA